AUGAUGGCCGAAGCCUUUGGCGAGCCGGAUACUGAACACCUGGCAGCAGCUCGUCAAAAAAGUGCCGAUCGCUACGGCGAGUUCUUGGAAAAACUCGACGAGAUCCGUCCUCUUGGCAAUGACACCUACGUUUCAUUGAACCUCACUGACGCCGAGGAGCUGCUGCCUAAUCUCCACUUCCGGACGUUCAUCAAGAACCGUUUCGCGACCCGCGAGCUGCCCCAAGCUAUCUGGUUCCAGCAUUUCGACUUUUUCACCAAGGUGGACGAGCUGAUCGGCGAGUACCCGAAAGAGGCUAUCGAGGCUGUGGUCGCCUCGUUCGUCCUGGGCCGCAUCCACGAGAUUGGUGAGAAGUACGAGGAGAUCAACAAG